UGAUUUCUGGGAAAAGGAGCGAGUUUCUGUCUUCGUUGAUGACGGGGCAGAAGGUUUCAGUGGAGCAGCAACAUAACAUUUUUUGUAGAAAAGUGAGAAUUAUUUUGCGCUAAGAAGAACAACAGCAACAACAGAAGUUUUUAAACUCUUAGAUUUGGAUCUUGUAUAUCUUAAUAUUUGCAUCAAAGGCUUACCACCUGAAAAGGAAUGAGGAUAAGAAGUCAAAUAUCCUUUGUCAUACCAUUAGAGCUUCACAUAGGGCCCAACCCAUUCACUUCAUACAAGCAACCACAACAUCACAAGCACUUCACACGGGUUAUGAGAUGGCAUCAGUUAAAAUUCGGUCUACACGCCGAUUGCGGUCAUGGUUGGUUGAGCAGGUAAGCAGUGGAAAAUAUCCUGGACUUGUAUGGGACAACCCUGAGAAGACCAUGUUUCGAAUACCUUGGAAGCAUGCUGGAAAACAAGACUUCCGAAGUGAGGAGGAUGCUGCUAUUUUUAAGGCCUGGGCGGAGUUUAAGGGGAAGCUGUCAGAAAAGGGGCAGUCUGACCCUGCUUCCUGGAAGACUCGUCUCCGCUGUGCCUUAAAUAAAAGUCCUGAGUUCAGUGAAGUCACAGAAAGGUCGCAGCUAGACAUCUCAGAACCUUAUAAGGUGUAUCGUCUUGUACCACUUGAUGAGCAAGGAUUGGCCGAAGUUAAGAAAGAAGAUGGAGACAAAGCAGUGAGGAGAAAUAAAAAGAGGAGGAGGAGUGAAGCGGAAGGAAAUGAAGAGAUACAGCCAAAAGUGAUCAAAGAUGAGGUUGCCUCUGUUCAACAAAUCACUAUGGAGGUUGAAACCAGUACCGGAAAGGAAGCCACACUUCAUAAAAGGGAAGCAGCAGAGGCUACGCUCAUCUUAAAGAGUAACAGCAAGAACAAUGAAAUUCAGCUAAACUUCUUGAUAGAAAAUGUCCCUCCCUCUGGUGAUGGUAAAGCUUCGCACUCCUUCAACAUCACUGUAUACUAUAUUGGCCAGGAGGUUCUGAGGCGAGAGGUUCUGGGUAGUGAUGUUCGAAUUGCAUACAUCCCCCUCUCACCAUCCCCUCCCACUUCAAAUGGAUCCAGCUUUCCUCGCAUCUCUCUGCCACCUCCUCCCACAGAUGCAGGCUGUAGUGAGAGUUUGGCCAUAAUUUCUAAACUUUUGCCUUAUAUGGAGAAAGGAGUGGUACUAACCUCCAACGGAAUGGGCAUCUAUGCCAAACGGUUUUGCCAAGGACGAGUAUUCUGGAGGGGGCCACACUGUGGAGCAGGACCACACAAGAUGGAGAGAGCCACGGAGCCCACCAUGCUCUUCAACAAGGAAAUCUUUAGGCAAGAGCUGGAGGAGUUCCAGAAUGGAGGGGAUCCGCCUCAGAGUGAGAUCAUGCUCUGUUUUGGAGAGGAACUUUUCGAUGGGGAUAAUCUUGUGGACAAACACAUCAUCAUUAAGAUUUCUCUUCCCUGGGCUAAGAAACUAAUAGAGGAGGUCCAGUCCUUCCGGGAAUCUCUUGCCAUCCUUCAAAGUUUGGCUAAUGAAUCUCCAUCAGGAGAGGUUACAUUAAAUCUUGUGGAGUUGCCCCAUCAACCAGUUAAAGCCCUCUAAUUUUAUUCCUGUAUUCUGUCUAAUAUUGGCAUGCGUUUGAUGUUUUUAUCUAGAAAAAUGCAAAGGAAUGACCGAUCCGAUGAGCAAGCACUACUAAGUAGCAGUUCUGUUUCCUUCACCUGAAUGAAGAGAUCAUUAUUACAGAUUUCAUUGUAUAGAUAUUACAGAAAGUCGUUUUCUGUAAUGAUUCAUCUUUUGAAAACACUAAAUAAAACAGUUACUGUUCAAGGGAUUGAACUGGUGACUGACAUAAAUGUUUAAUUAUUUUUCUGGCCUUAAUGGAUGUGGCAACUUGUAGAGGUAGCGGUAAAAACAACAAUAACAACAAAUCUUUUUCUCAGUAUAAAAAAAAGGAAAUAAACUUGAUUUAUUUCUGUUCAAAAUUUUAAAGUAAAUACAGUUGAUACAUUAACAAAAGUUGUAUAAUUUCCUGUUGCUAAAAAGCUUUAAAGUUCAAAUACAACUUUAUUACCAGCCUCAAUUUUUAGUGUAACCUCUAAUUUUAAAUCAAGAGGUUAAAAAACAGCAAAUACAGAUUUACAUGAUUAGGUGUUGACUUAUAAAACCUAAUUUGUUUAAACAAGCUUCCAAUAAUAAUUUCAUUUAUAUUUAUUUCAUUGGUUACAUUUCUGUUGUUCCAGACCUUCUAUUAUGCAUUAAUUAUGCUAUGUAAGAACUUUUUUUCUUUUUCUGAGUACUGUAUUUUCUUAAUUCCUUGGCCAUAAAAUAUUUAGAAAAUGGC